UAAAAUAUAUAGCAAAAGAGAGGAGAAGAUCGAUAAAGAUGUCUGAUUGGGGACCGGUUUUUGUAGCGGUGACGCUUUUCGUGUUGCUAACUCCAGGAGUUCUGAUUCAGAUUCCGGGGAAAAACCGAGUGGUUGAGUUUGGAACAUUUCAAACAAGUGGUGUUUCGGUUAUUGUUCAUACUCUCAUCUACUUCACUCUUGUUUGUAUCCUCUUGCUCGCUCUCCAAAUUCACAUGUGUAACCUUUUUCCUUCGCACUCACAAAAAACGACAACAAUGGCGGACUGGGCUCCGGUUCUCGUCGGCGUUAUCCUGUUCGUGAUUCUAUCGCCGGGACUUCUCUUCUCAUUGCCCGGAAACAACCGAGCGGUAGAUUUCGGUACCCUCAAAACCAACGGAAAAGCCAUCGCUGUUCACACUCUCAUCUUCUUCGCCAUUUACUCCAUUUUGAUCCUCGCCGUUAAUCUCCACAUCUACACUGGCUGAUCUCUUCUGGGUCUCUCUCUUUUGUUGUUGUCGUUUUCCCCCAGAUUAAAAUAAAGGUACCCUUUUGAAUUGGGUCUAGAAACUCUGUAAAUUUAGGGGUUUUAUAUACCUUAGAUCUACAGUUUUGUGUUGAUGUUGUAAUGAACAAACAUAUUUGGUGAAAAGGGCUGUGUUGUAUUGUAUCGUUACUUCACUUUGCUUCUUUUUUAUUUGUAUCUUCGGGGAAAAAAAAUUCAAACUUGUCAUCUAACAAUGUCUUUUAACUCUGUUUUACUUGCUUAUAUAUUGGUAAAAAUUGCUACUUUUUGUUAUCCUGCUUGAAGCUUUAUUAGAACAUGCGAACAAUGAAGCCAAAGAAAGGACAAAGAUUAGAGAGAUUUAUACA